ACAUAUGUAGAUUAAGGCAUAGUUAAGGGUAAACAAUUGUAAUUUAAUAUGAAAGACAAAGAUCCCACCAACCGAACAUCUCUCAUUCUCUAUCUCCAGUGUGUGUAUGUGUGUGUGAGAGAGUGAGAAGCUGCUGCUGCAACACCAUAUUCUCCAAAACCCUUUGCUUUCUGCUUCGAGAUUCUCACUUCACUUUCACUCAUCCCUACAAUCAUCGAACCCUUUAUCUAUAUUUUUUCAAAUCGACAUUUUCCCCAAUCUUUAUUCUAAAAACCCGAUCAAACUUUGCGGAAGAACUCUUUGUUUUUUUUUCUCUAAAUUAAAAAUGCCGAUCAACAAAGAACCGGCGACUCCGCCGAUGAUCGGCAAGAUCGGUCCUUACACCGUAUUUGUUACUCCUCCUCCUACUCCCAAGCCUUCAUUCGAAUCUUCUCCUGUGUCGGCUUCUGAAUCUCCGAAGAGAAAAGAUGUUUCGCCGCCGCCUGUGAAGUCCUCUCCACCGAUGAAAUCCGCUCCUCCGGUCCUUCCGCCACCGGUUCAAUACGAGAAGUCCGCUUCGGCCUACGACUCAAAGUUCGGUUUCUUUUGGGAUGCCGUCGCUAAAGUCCAGAAUGCACAUUCAAGUUUGGAUGAUUAUGUAGCUCGUUGGUUUGGGCUGAAUCAAUCGAAAUAUCAAUGGGCUCUUGAUGAUUAUUACGAAAAGAAUGGCGUGGACAAUGUUGAUGCUAAAGUUAAAGAUGUAUCCACAAAAGCACAAAGUGUGUAACAUCUAACUCAGCUGGGAAUGGUGUUGUUAAAGGCACCUUGAGACACUUUUUGACUAAGAUAUGUCUAUAUGCAAAAACAUCACAUUAUAUAUAUAUAUAUAUAUAUAU